CUCUCUCCUCUCUCUCUCUCUCUCUCUCUCUCUCUCUCUCUCAAACCAUAAAGCAAAGGUGACGAGAGGAACACAAGAAGAACUUCCACACACAGAAGAUCUCUCAAGAACCAAAAUUCCCUUUCUCUUCACCAAAAAAGAAGAAAAGAAAAAAAAAUCAGUUUCAAAUCCAAAAAAGAAAUAGAAAGAGAAGUGAAGAUCAGUUGAAUUUCUUCUGAUCUGAGAAAGUUUCAUCCAUGGAUACUGCUCAAUGGCCACAGGAGAUUGUGGUGAAACCCUUGGAGGAGAUAGUAACAAACACAUGCCCUAAGCCGCCGCGUUUGCAGCAGCCGCCGGCGAAGGCGGGGGCGGCCGCCGGAGGAGAGAGAAAGGUGAGGCCAGAAAAGGACCAAGCUUUGAACUGUCCGAGGUGCAACUCGACAAACACAAAGUUUUGUUACUACAACAAUUACAGUCUGACACAGCCAAGGUACUUCUGCAAGACUUGUAGAAGGUAUUGGACUGAAGGCGGAACUCUCAGGAACAUCCCUGUCGGCGGUGGAUCGAGGAAGAACAAGAGAUCGAACUCUUCUUCUAGUCAUAGCAAUAACAGCAUUAACAAUCCCGCGAAUUCUCAGCAAUUGCCACCUCCGAAGAAGCAUCUUUCUGAGCACCACCUGUUGAGCAUGACCCGACGAAGUUUGACCGGUCAAAACCCUAACUUUCAUGAGACCCAAGAUCUCAAUCUCGGUUUCCCACAUGGGUUCAGAAGCAAUUUCACUGAACUCAUCCAGAACAUUGGGAACGGCACCAACAAGAACAGCGACGGCGACCGAGUACUGGUGCCUCCAUGCCCUGCCACGUCAGCGUCUAUGGCAGCCUCGUUGGAUCUCCUUAGCGCCGACAAUGGGUGUUCAAGUUCAUUCAUGAGCUCGCCAUCUGCUCAUCAUCAUCAAGAUCCAUCUGGGUAUGCCAUGCAAGAUCAUCAUUACAAGCCAUGCACAUCAACAACAGCGCUGGGAUUCUCUCUUGAUCACGGGUUUCACCAAGAAGAAAGCGGCGCGAUGAAUGGAGCUGGGAGGCUUUUGUUCCCGUUUGAUGAUAUGAAGUCGCCAGUCUCCUCAUCAUCGCGCGCAAUAAUCAGCGAGACGAGUGACGAUCAGAGGCGAGGCGGUGAUCAUGCCGCUGCAGGGUACUGGACUGGGAUGUUGAAUGGAGGAUCUUGGUGAAUAUAUGGUUGAUUGUAUUUGGUAUUUAAUUAAUUAAAUCUAAGUCCACUUUCAUUUUUCUUGGC